UGGUUUUGUCAGGUGGCUAAUGUGUUAUUCCUGGAAGCUCCUGCUUGUGUCGGGUUCUCAUAUGACUCAAACAAUGACUGUGUCACUGGAGAUAAUGAGACUUCGCUCUCAAACUAUCUCGCACUUAAAGACUUCUUCACAAACAAAUUUCCCGAGUAUCGCAAGAAUGAAUUCUUCAUCACUGGAGAAUCUUAUGCUGGUGUGUACGUACCAACUCUGGCUGUACGGGUACUACAGGGUCAAGAAGAUUUCAGCAUAAAUCUUCAAGGGUAUGCUAUUGGCAAUGGGCUAUCCAGUUAUAAGCUCAACGAUGAUUCCAUCAUCUUCUUCGGAUACUACCAUGGUCUCUUUGGUGAUGAUUUGUGGAUGCGCCUUGUGACACAUUGCUGCAAGGGAGGACGUCCUUCAAAAGAUGCAUGCAACUUCUAUAAGACAUACUGGCCUUUGUGUACUCAAGCUGUUAGUAAAGCAUCGGACAUUAUCUAUAAUGAGGGUCUCAACAUGUACAACUUGUAUGAUAAUUGUCCCACUGCAACAGCAGGAAAUUUUUCUCGAUAUGAAGCUGAUCUCUCCAACAUUUUGAGAGCACAUAAAUCCCAUCCUGGAAUGAUGCUGAAAGCAAAGAAGAGGAUUAGUACCUUGACAUUGGAUCCUCCUUGCACAAAUGGCACCGACCUCUUGAUGUAUCUCAAUAACCCAAUCGUCCGUAAAGCUCUCCACAUUCCAGAAAAUGUUCAGAAAUUUGAACUCUGCAGUGAUGAAGUGAAUGCCAACUACAAGCGUGAGUAUGACACAAUGAGGCCCCAGUAUGAGUUUUUGACACCACAAGUGCGUGGUCUUAUUUACAAUGGAGAUAUUGAUAUGGCCUGCAAUUUCUUGGGGGAUGAAUGGUUUGUGGAGAGUCUUGGAUUAAAGGUACUGGAAGGACGUAAGAUGUGGCAUCAAGGUGGACAAGUUGGAGGAUUUGUGAAGCGUUUCCAAAACCUUGAUUUAUUGACUGUUCGAGGAGCUGGUCACAUGGUUCCUGAAGACAAGCCAGCACCUGCUCUGAAGAUGAUCACUUCAUUCAUUUUCAAAAAGCCUUACUAGAUAUAAUGAAAAAGAACAUGUACUGGGAAAUAAGCUGAUAGAGCUAUGUGAUAAGAAGGAUGUGGUAUAAUUACAUGAAUAAAAAUUAUAUUUAGGCGUCUCAAUGAUGUAAUAACACGGUAUAUGUCUAAAUAUACUUUAUGCCAUACAGUACAACCUCAUUGACUCAAGAUUGGUCAGGGUAAGGAGAAAUUUGAGAUGUGCAUGUUUCUAAUUAUAUUUUCAGCACUUAAAAAAAAAAAAAAAAAAAAAAAUUUACCCAACACUGUGGUCACUGCUCUCUUAAAAUUAGUACAUUGUAUACAUCUGAAGUUGAAGAUAACUCUGCAUCAUCAGCUAUCCUAUAUGCAAAUGUUUGUCUUCAUCACUGUGCUUUGAGGAGGUACUUUGAACUGGAGUGAAUAUUUAGCAUACAUCUGAGGUGGAGGUACUUCUGAUCCAUUGUGCUGUAUAGCCCUUGUGGCUUAGCACUUCUUUUUUGAUUAUAAUAAUAAUAAUCUGAUCCAUUGAAUAUUUAGCAUAACUUCAUUAGAGUGGAGAAUGUACAUGGAACUGGCAUGAAUGUUUAGUCUACACAUUUUUAAGCAACAGGAAAUUGGUAUCUUGACCAUGUGCUAAGAGUACCAGUUAUAACUUCUUCGGUACUGAAAUCAGUGUAGUAUUGGUUCAGUAAAGAAUAAUGGACUUCAGAAUCCAUAAUAUAAUUAAAACUUUAUGCUCUUACAAAUAUAAGAUCAAAAAUUGCAUCUAAUCUCUGCUGCUGGUAAACAAAAAUGUGUUGGGUUAGAGAGGUUUGUGCAUUUGUGGUCAAUGUACAUUUGACCAGAGUAGCUUUCUAGUCAAUUUUAGUGCUGCUUUUUUAUUAUAAUUUGCUAAUCAAAGAAUUUUUUUUUAACAUGUCCUCCUCUCACCAAGGCAGGGUGACCCAAAUAAGAAAAACUUUCAGUAUCAUUCACACAAUCACUGUCUUUGCAGAGGCACGCAGAUAGAACAGUUCAUUAUUAUAAUAAUCAAAAAGAAGCGCUAAGCCACAAGGACUAUACAGCAUAGAACAGUUCAGAUGUCACUCCAAGCAGAAAAUGUACAUGCCAAAUUCUAUCAUCCUACAUAUGCCACCCACAAUUUUAUGAUUAGAACACAAUGGGAGAGCAACUUAGAUAAUUUUCAGGUUAAGAAAUGCAGAGGUGAUAGUUUGAAAUAAGUAGCAUGAGAUAAUCUUGAAGUUGUACUGUAGUUGCUGGUAUUGUAUGAGGUGCAUUAUGAAACAAUGCCCAUCAAAGUUUAUAUACAUAUUUUCUUGACCAAAUAUGACUUUUUUUUUAUAUAUUCCAGUUUACAUAAAUAAAUCUCACUCACACACACAAUAUAUAUAUAUAUAUACCUACCUACCUACCAUCCGACUUACGACCUGCUCGACUUACGACCAUGUUUUUUAUGCCAAAUUUCUGGGAAAUAAACAACUAUUUGUGUUGUACACAGUGUUUAUCCUAAACCUUACAGUAUAAAAUACAGUACUUACAGCAUAAAAAGUAAAGUAAAACAUGAAAUACCAAAAUAAAACAAUAAAAUAGUCAUUACAAAAAUGUCUUGUUGAUAUUCAGUAGUAAAGUUCGACUUACGACCAUUUCGACUCAUGACCGGUUUCUCGGAACCGAACUCGGUCGUAAGUUGGAUGGUAGGUGUAUAUAUAUAUUAUAUAAAAUAUAUAUAUAAAUGAAAUUAUGUACACAUUUGUGCAAUAUUCAUUUUUACUUGCUGAAUUUAUUACACUAUUUGAAGUUUUUACUUGUUAUAAAUUCUUUUAAUUGCUAA